UGGUGUCUAUCAGAUGGUCGCAAGGGCCGUGUGCGUACGUCAGAGAAUGCGUGGGGAUUGCGGGAAUUGCUCAAAGUGACCUUCUGCAUAUAAGGGGCGUGCUCAAUUUAGUGUUUUCACUCGGAAGCCUAAACAGGGAUGUCCGGUGAAGUAACACAAAUGUGUGGCGAGAAUAUAAAUGACAAUUGGGUCCUGGGCACAAACGACUUUCGCUCUCAGACAGUCGCAAGCAGUGGGAGGUACAGCACGAUACUGCAAGGACCCAUGGCAUCCCUUUGUCGAAUGGGCUGCGUGGCCGUGACGCUGCUCUGGUCGACCGUUCUCGGGUUCCCGUCCCUACCUCUGGAUUCGCUGAGCCCUCUAUUCCGGUGUUUCCUGGCCUCGGAGAAAAUUUACAACUCCAUGGUCUUGCUGCUCGACAAACACUGCAAUUCUCAUAGGCGCUGUGUGGAGGAGCUGGAUGGUGACAUCCUGGAUGGACCUGUAUCCACGAGAAUAGAUUCCUGCGACCAGGACUCUUUACAAAUGGACCCAAAGUAUACAAAAUGCCUGCAGAACAUUCAGAGCAUACUAGAAAGGAAUGAAAAAGAACUCAAUCAACUGAAGCAAAUCGAAGCAACCUUGGCUGUAGAAAUCGACAAGAUUGUUCGUGAUAUGAAGGGCCUUCUAUCCCGAAUCAAAACACAGUUGAAGGUGCCGCAGGUGCGCAUUGCGAGGCCUGUGGAAGUGUUGCAGCCUGUGCCAAGCAUUCGCGGAAAUAGCUGGAUGUCUACAAUGGCUACACUACGCGUGCUGCAGUUGGCCGUUGUCCAGGCAGAGGCAGUGGAUCGCAGCUUCGGCAUACUGGUCAAGUUUAACUCCAGACAGCGUUCACACAAAUCACUUGCAACAGAAACAAAAACGACAAGAGGCCAACCAACCACAGAAGCAAGCACGAUGUCGGCAAAGUUUAUCGAUCAUCGACCCCAUACUCACUCAGAUUCUGGGAAAGACUAAUAUGUGCGCGCUCAAGUGUGUGUUGGUUAUGUCCCAUGACAUCACUAAAGGGCUUUUGCGCAACAUGUCACCAUGCUCCAGCACCAAGCCUGGCACAGGCAAGGAUUGUGGUAACAUCACUACUUUUUUGUGGCAAAUAAGGUUAUCUUAUAAUGGUGUGUGCAUGUGCAAGGUGCUGGCUAAUAGCGCUUCGAAUAAUAUUCUGUAUGGCUAAAUGGGAGAUGUUUGCCUUUGCAUAUGUGGGGUAUAAUAUACAUUACCCAAAUUUUAUACUAUACAGUUUUAGAAAAAAAUAGCUUUUCUGGUUGGCUGGCUGGAAGGUCAUGUCCACAGGACAUGCGGGCUGCUAGUAUGAAAUAAAAUAACGUGUAAAUGUUACAUUCAGGUUCAUGAAAACAAUAAUAAAGCAAUAAUUUUUCAAACAUUUUUAGAAAGAAGUGUUGCUGGCUGGCAGGACAUCAGCAUUUAAAAAAAUAAUAAUAUCGUACGUAUACCAUUUAAAAGUACUCCUCCCCCACCUCCAACGUCACCACCUCCCCCAACUUCUCCAGCCCGUGGACCCCUCCCCAACCGCAUAUUCCCCUAGUCGCCCCCUCCCCCCACUUACGCCCCCCUCCUUGCCCCCACGCACCCCCAA